ACCUAAAAUAUCCGUCGUCCUCCUAGGAAAAAAAAUCUGGCUUCCCGUUUAGCAGCUGCCACCGUCAUCACUAAGCGACUAAUGUGAUAACUGACCAAGCUAAUAGCCAGCUACCACUUGCUUCACACAGAGCCGGUGCAUGCUGAUUUGUCACAUACUGAGCCCUGAUGACAGCUUCCACUCGCAAGACAGUCUUGGCGCUGUACAUGCGGGUGUUUCGCAUUGCCCGGACCUGGCAGGCGCAGAGUGCUGUGGCCAGAGACACAGAAGUGGAGAGACAGUACAUUGUCGAGGAGGCCCGCACCCUGUUCAGACAGAAUCAGCAGAUGACAGAUGAAGAAACAAUAAAGAAGUGCAUACAAGAAUGUGAAGCAAGGAUAGAAAUAGGUCUACAUUAUGGGAACCCAUAUCCAAGGGCGACGCACCUACCACCGAUGGGACUGGCAACCCAGAAAGGCAGGAAGCUCCGAACACAGCAGCGCCUGAGGAAGCAGGCCAAGCCAAUCUACUUAGAGUCACAUGAUGAGACCUGAUGCUCGAUCCACUCGAUCCUUGCCAAGAGUUCAUGUUACCAAGGACAGGAAACAGGAGUGCAGCCACAAGCUGAUCUCAAGGGUUGGGUUUUUAUAACCACUCAGAGAUGCAAGAAAAUCCGUCGCUCAGGAAAAAGCCACUUAUUUUCAGUAUUCAGGCACAUUGCAGACAUUUUUUUACAGUACACUGCCUAAAUGCAAGCCUGAACUAUAGUUGAAAGCUUUCAUCAUGUAUUCCAGCUACUAAUUCAGAGAAAUACUGAACGUGUUGUGUUUUGUUGUAAUAUAAAAUGUCAUCAUGAUGUGUUAUAUGUUAAAUUUAUUAUUUAAUGUUUAACAUCAAAAAAUUGUAAUAAACACCACUCUGCUUUUAUUCUACAUAAAAGUAGAAUUAUAGGGAAAAACAGA